AUUGAGAAAAAAAUAUGAAACAUGUCUGCUUCAUGCUUAUACCUCAAUACAACUUGUUUCCAUGGUGUACUCUCUCUUCUCCACACCUAAUUAUUACUAUAUACCUUUUCUGAUUCUUUUUUCCAGCCAAUUUCCACCUUCCAUGAUCAAACAAAUAUUAAUUCUUCUUCCUUUUUUACAAAAUUAUUAUUUCUCUCAAUUCAUUUCAUAUUUGUCUUGUCUUUUCUCUUUUGUUUGCUGGGUUCCCCAUUGACCAUGGCAACUCAAAUUUCCAUGGAUGAUAAUAACCAAGGUGGUGCCAAUAUUCAAAAUAGAGUUAAUAUCUCAAUUCAAAAGAGCAUGGCAUCAUCUGAAAUAACUGAGGAACUCACAAGUGGACAAAGAACAACUCAAAACCUUAGCAUAGAGACACCAAAAAGAACUCAAGAAGAAGCAAAAGAAGAUUUCUUGAGAAUCAACAUACCUCUAACUCCAUCACCAAGAAGAGUGAUAUUUUCUCCUUGCGCAAGUCCCGGUUUCAUUCCAAACAGUGAUCCCCCUGAUGCUUCUAGUUCUACAAACAGACCAACUCUUAAAAAAUCUCUUAUACCUAAACUCAGUUUCAAAUUUAAGAACACAACUUCUGAGAUUGAAAAAGCCGCUUUCCUUGCGCUCGAAGGUUCGUCCUCAGUAUCGUCGAAAAAGCCUUUUCUUUCUAGGACGCUGUCUCGUAUCAAAUUGAAAGGGAGGAAAACAUCUUCUUUGCCUGCAUCGCCGGUUCCUCGUUCAAAUCCUGCGUCAGUACAUGGCGGAAAAGCUUAUCCAGCAAUGGCCAGUCCAAUUUUACAGGAGAAAGAUCCGCGGUUACCAAUUCAUCGUUCUCGAUCUGUUCCUGCAUUUACUGGAGAAGAUACUUCUGUAGGUGGCAGGUUUCGAAUUUUUCGGAUGAUACCACAAUCGAAUGAGAAAAUUUCCACCGCAACAUUUGCAGCAUCUCCAACUGGUGAAAAUGUUGAAACUGAGGACGGAGGCGAAGAUAUUCCUGAAGAAGAAGCUGUUUGUAGAAUUUGUAUGGUUGAAUUGGGAGAAGGUGCGGAGAAUUUUAAAUUGGAGUGCAGCUGCAAAGGCGAGCUUUCGUUAGCGCAUAAAGAAUGUGCGGUUAAAUGGUUUGGAAUUAAAGGUAAUAGGACAUGUGAUGUGUGCAAGCAAGAAGUUCAGAACUUACCUGUCACUCUUUUAAGACUUCAUAGCGCGAACUUGCAAUCGAACAGAGGUCACUUAGACGAAUCUUCUCAUUACAGGGUUUGGCAGGAUGCUCCGAUUCUUGUCAUUGUCCACAUGCUGGCCUACUUCUGUUUUCUUGAGCAGCUUCUUGUUUCGAGUAUGGGAUCCGGUGCUAUUGCCAUGUCGCUUCCGUUUUCUUGUAUACUUGGCCUUCUUGCAAGCAUGACAGCUACAACAAUGGGUGAGACUUUUUCGAUUCUCAUUCAUCGCAGUGACUUGAAUUUGGAUUGCUUAUAUUAUAUCACACACAAUUCAUAUAAUUCCUUCAAAUUAUUCUCAGUUAGGAGGAAUCAAGUUUGGAUUUAUGGAACAUCAAAAUCCCAACAAAAGCUUAAUCAAAACUAAGAAAAUCUAGAGAAGAAUGCAACCAAUUGUACAAAAUAGUGCACUUAGCUUUUCUAUUGCCUAUGGCAUGCAAAAUCCAAACAACAAUUUUUAUGUUCAGUAUCUCAUCAUCCAAAACAGGAACUUCACCUUGAAAUAACUUUGUUUUUACAUUCCAAAUUGACCAAACAGUUGCCAACCAAACAAGACAAAUCUUAUUCUUCUUGAUAUUCCCCAAAGCAUGUGUGAAUAUAAAAAAGUGACUUAUACCAGCAACUUGUUCCAAAUUAUUCAAACCCAACCACAUAUGAAUAUUACACCACACUUUUUGGCUAAACCUGCAAUUAAAUAGUAAAUGCUCUAAGUCUUCAUAGUUUUCAACACACAAUGCAUAAACCUUAUCAUCAUUAUUUUGGAUAAGCCACCUCUUAACCAGUUGAUCCUUUGAUGGCAAUCUAUUAAGUAUUACUCUCCAACCAAACACCUUUAGCUUUGACGGAAUAUUUGUCCCCCAAAUCUUCUUCAAUGCCUUUAACGUCUCAUUUGGCACGAUGUCUUCAAGGUCUCUAUCCCGGAUUAAAUUGUAGCAACUUUUAACAGAAAAAACUCCAUCUUGGUUAUGUCUCCAUUUGACUAUAUCCGUGACUGCGCCAUUAGGUUUUACCGAAGAUAAAAGCUAAAUAAGUUCAAAAGUUAUGACGGCUGCAAGUGGUUCACCUAGGAGAUCGUCAGCAGCAACUUUAAUAUCCCAAGUCCAAUCCCCCGACUAUGAACAUCCCAUCUCCCAAAAUUUUCCCUCUUGUUUCGAAUCGAAGAUAAAUUGUAAAGAGCUGGAAAACGGUUUUUGAGAGGAUAAUCCUCUGCCCAUCAGUUGUUCCAGAAGUAAAUGUUCCUGCCUGAGCCAAGUUCGAACUCAAUGUUACCUGCAAAAUAAUCAACUAAGUUAGUUUUCAACACACUUUCCGAAAGGAUGUCCUUCCACCAAGCUGAAGCUUUUCUGUUUGACCUUGGAUCACCGCUCAUCAUCAUACUAUGUUGCAAGUCACCAUAUCUAGCGCCCAAAAUACGCCUCCAUAAGAUCCCAUCUUCCUUCAUUAUUUGCCACUUCUAUUUACACGACAAAGCUUUAUUAAAGUAACCAAUAUGUCUUAUUCCAAGACCACCCUCCUUUUUGGUUUGUAAAUAUUGUUCCAACUCACCCAACUAAUGCAUCGUUUCUCCUCAUCAUCACACCAGAGAAUUCAGUAAGGUCAUCCUUCCCCCAACUAAUGAUUUAUAAAAAGACAUUAUAUAGAUUGGGAUGCUUGAAAGUACUGAAUUCAAUAAGGUCAUCCUUCCCCCAAUAGACAAUAACCAGGCUUUCCAUGUUGAUAGUUUUUUCUUGAUGCUCUCCAAAAUAGGAUUUCAUGUAAUACAUCUCCUCGAAUUUUCUCCCACUGAUACUGUAACACUCAGAAAAUCUAGAUUAAUUAUUUAUAUAAUUAAUUUGGCGUUAUUAUAUGAGUCCUUGUGAAGUCGUGAUGUUUUUUUUUUCAAUAAGCAAUUGAUAUAAGAACGCACUAGGGGUGCAACCCUUACAACAAGAAAACUACAAGGAAUUAAAACAAUCCAUCGGGGAUUUGUACCAAUCGUAAAAGCUAGAAAGAUACCCCGGAUUGCAACUAGCUAACCAACACCAAGAUAAAUACAUGAUUUUGUAAUACACCACUUCAAAACUAUACUCCUCCUUUUCAAAAAUCAUCGCAUUUCUCAUGUACCAAAGACUCCACGUGGUAGCUAUCCAAAUGGAAUUGAUCUUCAUUCUAGCAUUAACAUUAACAACCUUCUCUUGGAUAAAACCAAAAUCCAAAAAACCAUCAAUGGUAAGAGAAGGAAUUUCCCCCAACCACAUUAAAACCCGACACCAUAUCACCUUAGAGACGUUACAAGAGAAAAACAAAUGAUUCAAGCUUUCCGGAUGAAUCCUACAAAAUUCACAGCAAGCAUUAGUAGCAUUGAAAUCUACUCCUCUUCUAAUUAGUGAGUCUUUUGUAGGUAACCUAGUUAUCAAUAACCUCCACCCAAAAAUCUUGUAUUUUAACAGAGCCGGCACUUUCCACAAAGCAUUCAACGAUUCUGUUGUAUUGACCGGCCAAGCAACAUCCUUAUAAUCCGCAAGCAAGGCUGACACGGAAUUCACCGAGAAAACACCACUGUUAUUCAAUCUCCACGUGAACACGUCUUUUUCAUCAAACACCGGCGCUGCUGUAUACAACAUACUGUUCAUCUGCUGCCACUGACCGGAAACGGCAGCGCUGCCAGCCUGUAGAAGCCCCUCCAGCGCAGCCCCAAACAGCAACUUAAUGUUCCACCCAGCCUCUCCAUUUGCCCACAGUAACACAUCUUUCACAGUACCUAGUUUAUUAGUUGUCAACUCAAACAAAUCCGGAAAUUUAAUCCUUAGAGUUUGGUCACCCAACCAUAAACUGUACCAAAAUAAAACAUGGUUUCCCUCCUUUAAAAUACUUUGUACACAAGAAGAAAAACCAUCUUCAUUAAAAUCCACCUUCACAUCAUUAGAUAUUAUGUCCCUCCACCAACUCGAAUCUUUUGGCUUGCAAACAUCUUCAUACCUCGCUUGAACCUUAAGUUUAGUAUUCUUGUAUCUAAAAUCCAAGAAGGCCUUCCAAAUUGUCUUUUCCUCCCUUAGAAGCCUCCAUUUUCACUUAAGAAGGAGCGCUUGAUUUAUCUCUCCGACAUCUCUAACGCCUAGACCCCCCUUUUCCUUUGGCUUACACACCGUUUUCCAUUUCACCCAAUGAAUACAACGUUUGUUAACAUUCCCACUCCACAAGAAAUUACUCAAAAGGCUUUUAAUCUCUUUAAGUACCAUUCCCGGAGCUUUAUAAAAAGAGAGAGUAAAAGAUGGAAUUGCAUUAAGGACCGCGUUGAUGAGAAUCACUCUCCCGCCUAUGGACAAAUUUCUACCCUUCCAAGACGUGAGCCUACUCUUAAGAUUAUUGAUCACCCUCGUCCACAUCCUCCUCCUUCUAGGCUUCUCCCCCACCGAAAUACCAAGAAACAAGAAAGGAAUUACUCCUUUCUUACAAUCGAGAAAGGACGUAGCCGUAUUCAUAAAGACCUCAUCAACAUUCACACCGAAUAUAUUACUCUUGGAAAAAUUAAUUUUCAAGCCCGACACCAUUUCGAAUCCUCUCAACACCACCUUUAAAGACCAAAGAUUUUUUGUAGAUGCUUCACCAAAGAUAAUAGUAUCGUCCGCAAAUUGUACAAUAUCAACAUGAUCCACAUCCCCAUAAGAGAAAGGUUUAAAAUCAUCCAAGUUAACCGCUUUCCUAACCAAGGCGGUUAAUCCUUCCAUAGCUAAGACAAAGAGAAACGGCGACAAAGGAUCCCCUUGACGCAAACCCCUUUGAACUUUGAAGUCUUUCGUGGCACUCCCAUUCACCAACACAGACAAAUGACUAUUAAACACGCAUGCUUCCAUCCACUUCAACCAAAUAUCUCCAAACCCCAUCCUCUUCAUAACAAAUCUUAGUUAAUUCCAAGAAACGGUAUCAUAAGCCUUUUCGAAAUCAACCUUUAAUAAGAAGCAACCCUUUCUCCUCCUCUUAGACCAAUCAAGAAUCUCAUUCACCAAUAAAAUCCCAUCCAACAUGUUUCUACCCGGGACAAAAGCGGUUUGAUUUAUAGAAACCAAAGAUCUGAUCACCUUCUUGAUCCUACCCGCCAACAACUUUGCAACGAUUUUGUAAAGACUUCCAACCAAACAUAUGGGACGGUACUCACUCAAAACUUGCGGGUUCUUGGUUUUAGGAAUUAAGGUAAUGAAAGAUGAAGUUAUGGAUUUGACAAGCGUACCUUUUGUUUGAAAGUCGGAACAAAAUCUCACGAUAUCCUCCUUAAGAAGAGUCCAAAAACUCUUGAAAAAUUCAAGCGUAUAACCGUCCGGGCCCGGGCUCUUGUUACCAUCACAAGACCAUAUCGCCUCCUUAAUUUCCAACUCCGAAAACGGUCUCUCAAUCUCCUCUUUAUCCUCUUGAGAUAGAAAAGAGAACCCAAGCUCCUUUGGUUCCGGCCUUUUACUUUUUUCCUCCUUGAAAAAAUCUUUGAAAUGAUUGAAAACAAAUUCUUUUACCUCCUUGACUUCCUCUAGUCUUUCCCCCUUUGAUACAAGAGAGCACAUCACAUUCCGUUGCUUUCUAAUCCUCAAAGAAUUAUGAAAAAAACGAGUAUUUCUAUCUCCUUCGGCUAGCCACAUUUGCCUCGAUUUUAAUCGAAGCAAUCCCUCCUUCUUUUUGAGAUUAAACCAAGAUUCUUCCGCCGCUUUUGCCCUCUUGCAAACAACCUCCUCCGGAGCUUUACCUGCAAAAUGACCAAACUCGUUAUCUAAAAACACCAUCUCCUCACAAGCAUUGUCGAUCUUAAGAUCAACCCAUCCGUACACCUCUUUAUUCCACCACACUAAUCUCCUUUUCAAAGCCUUCAACUUUUCAGACAACACAAAAUCGCCCCUCCCUUUAACAAUAAUCUUCCCCCAUUCUUUCUCCACAAAAUCAUUGAACUCCUUAUGCUUCAACCAAGAAUUAUUGAACUUAAAAGCUUUCGGCCCCCAAUCCUUCCUAUUUUCAUUCAACCAAAUCGGAGCAUGAUCGGAUAAAUCUCUCCCUCCAAUAUAUUGACCCGUUAUUUUCCACUUUUCCAUGAAACAAUCCGAAAGCAAGAACCUAUCAAUCCUACUCAUAGAUUUCCCAUUAUUUUUAAACCACGUAAAUUUUCCUCCCAUUGUCGGUGGAUCCACAAGCUCCAUAUCCUCUAUAAAAUCCUUGAAACAAUAGAUUUAUUUUUUGUAGCUCCUAUUAGACAUGCCAAUUCUUUCCUCUUUAUUGGAGAUAUUAUUGAAAUCCCCACCCACACACCACGAACCCGGAACAUUUUUAAGUUUGAAAUCAAUUAACGACUUCCACAACCUUCUUCUAGAAUUUAACUCACACGCCGCGUACACAUUCACAAAAUAGAUCAAGCUCCCCUCCUUCUCAACACACAAACCCAAGAAACCCUCUCAUCUAAAACUGAACCUCAAAUUGAGAAAGUCUUUCCUCCACAAAAUUGCGGUGCCUCCUGACGCUCCCACUGCAUCCAACGUAGACCACUAAACAUUUUCACCACCCCAAAACUCCUUAAUAACACUUUCCUCCACCCCACUCAUCUUUGUUUCUUGAAUGAAGACAAUGUCAGCCUCCUUUAUUUGAAUCAAUUUGCCAACUCUCUUUCUCUUUAUUCUACUGCACCCCCCUCUAAUGUUAUAAGAGACAAUUAUCAUUGGUCAACAAAUUCAAUCCCCUUUCCCCUUCUGCUCCCUUGAGCAACCUUUCAAUCUAAUUCCUCUACCAUCACCAAAGGAUCAGACUCAGUCGAAUCCUUCAAAAUUCCCAGUCUAUUCAGAGAUUUCCACAUCCCCUCCGCAACCCUCCCCAUAUUUCAUUUAACUAUCCUUGAAUUGCAAUUUCUAACAUCACUACUAUUCAGGCUAGACAGAGAUUCACAGGAAAUUAGUAAACCAGCUGAUAGAUUUUUAACAAAUAAAUCUUUGUUACCUGUGCUCGACGUUGACGGUUCCACAGGAUAGAAAAAAAUUCUCAACCUUCGAUCCCAGAUUAAAGACCUCCCUCACCUUCCUCCUACUAGCUUUUGAAUUUUUCAACCUAUUACAUUGAGCAUCAAAAUUAACAGCGGUUCUGUCCUCCACCUUAUCUUCAGCGUGCAAACUCUGAAAGUUGUCAACAACAACUUUCUUCAAACGCACACGGCUUCUCUGAUAUUUCAAUUGCCCACCACACUCAGUAUUAACCAUAUGCCUCAUUGGACCACUUUUAAUUAAAAUAGUUGGCCCACCCUCAAAAUUGUUUGCAACUGGGCCUUUCAUAAUAGUAGGCCCACACCCCAAACCGUUUCCAGCCUUUUUCUUUCCACUUCCUUCUAUCACACCAGAGUUUAUGAAAACUCCUGCUGGGCCCAUAGACUUAGACACCUCACUAUCAAAAGGUAAUAUAUUUGCUGACUCUACUGUGCAGGCUACAUGAGUUGACGUAUUCUAUGAAAUACUAUCUGAACACCUAAAGCUUACACCCUUUUGAUCUACAUACUCCUUUUCCAUGCAAUAUCAUUUAAUGUUCUCACCUUUUCAUGUACCUUCAACGCCUCCACUACCAUGCGCACCUCUACUACUAGCCUGCUCCUCUAGUUCCUCAGACCCACCGUAACGAUGCUCCUUCUCCCCUCCGUCUUCUUCCCUUUCAUCCUUCUCCGACGAGUAACUGCUUCCUUCAAAAACACUUGAUGAAUAGUCAUCAUCAAGAAAGAUCUCCUUCUCUUCCGUCGUAACCAUAGCCUCUUCAAUAACCAUUAUGUCAAGCCAAACGCCAUCUAGACACACAGACACCUUGCUUCUUAUAGGUUCCAACGACUUAGUAAACACCAUGCAUGAUAGAACAUCUAAUCUUGCUGGUUUAGCUUCGAGAAAAUCAGAAGAAGCUAAUGAACCAAUAUCCGCUAAAAGUGCUUCUAAGAAACUUAAGUUCCUGACAAAACAAGGAAUGCCAUAAACCGAUAGCCAGCAAGCUCUGGAGCAUUCAACAUCCUCCGGUUUCCACAUUCUAACCUCCUUGAACCAUUUGUUCGUCCAAUCCUUCCCCUCCUCUAAAAGCACAUUUAGAUCACCUUCUACUGACUCCUCUAACAGACAAAUAUUGGGACCUAAGGGUGUUGCUUGAACAGUCAAAAUACCUUCCUCCAACAGGCUCUUGUUAGCACCAUGCGCUAACCCCGGUCUCAGAGUGAUUCCCGCCAUAACCUUCUCAUACUUGGACUUCUCUGCCGAAGACGAGUUGUAGAUAAACCCCGAGCAGCUUGUCUCCAUGUUGACCUUAUCAUUUGGAUUGUUACCUUUCACUAUGUCCGCGAAAGUCUUCUUGGUAACAUCCACGCCACACGCUGCAGUGGUCCUGAAAUUCCCUCCUUUCCUACAUUGAACCGAUCAAUAUUACUCUUCCCUUCCAACACUUCUCCCCCUCUACUUGCGACCUUCCUUUUGAACCUUGAACUAUUAGCGUUAAUCUUUUUUACAUCUAGUAGAAUAUUAUUCAGCUUCACCUCCACCAUUCUAUCAUUCUCAACGUUCACAAUCCUCACAAAACCAUAUUUCUGCCCUCUCCAAUCUUUCUUAGGAGGUAUAACAAUCUCAUCGAUCUCUCCUACACUCUUGAACUCGAAAUACAGAUCCCUAGCCCUCCAACCAUUGCCAAAGUCAGAAAAGAAAAAAGUUGUUGUGUGUCCCGGAUCUCUCCCACUGCUAUUCUUCUAGAUGUCCUAACGCCCUUGAUUCAGACCUUCACCUUGUUUGCGAUUAACCGUUUGCCAAACUCCAUCUCGGUUUGGUUUUUGUUGCCCCAUGGAAAAGCCCUAGCAGACUUCACCCAGUAUACACAUUUAAUUUAAUGAUGAGAUUGUUAUAUGUAUUUUAGAAUAAUUAGAAUAAUUAGUUGGGACUAUUUUAAUUAGAUAAGUAGAAUAGUAUUGGUGUUAGAAGUAAUAAGGGCGAAAUGGUAAAAUCAAGAGGGUACUUAAGUGGAACAAAAAGAGAAAAUAAGGAAAAGGGGUUUUCAUUCGAACGUGAAAGAGAGGAGAGCUAAGGCAUUGGAGAACUCUCAAAGUUUUACAAAACACGAAAAGGAAUUAGAAUCAAUCUUCAAUCUGAGGUAAACGGAGUCUAUCCUAACUAUUAUAAUUGACUUAAGUGAUUGAUAAUUGUGGGAUUGGUUUGGGGUUUUGAGGUUUGUUGAAUAGAUGGUGAUGCGAUGAGUUUUGAUGAAUUACAUGUGUUAAGUUGCAAUAGAAUGAUGGCUAUAGUGUGACAUAUAUGGAGUUGUGAUUGUAUGAUGAAAACCUGAGUUUAGAUGAUAAAUUAGGGUUUGUAAUGUGAAGGAAUCGCAGGAAUUUAGACUGAAUUAUGCAGGAAUCGCAGGAAUCUUUUGUGUUGUUUAUGAUGAUAUGUGUAUUAUGAAGCAUGUGAUGAUGAAUAUGAUGAAUGAUGAUGCAUUGUUGACUAGUCGUAGUCGUAUUGUGUGAUUGUUACGCAUGAUGCAUUCAUAGCAUUUGUCGGGCAAGUAGUCCAGUGAAGUUUUGCAGAAUGAUGAUCCAGUGAAGUUGUAGGACAAUUUGGUCUAGUGACGGUCAUAAUCCCAUUGUGUGGAUUAAGUGCAAAUUGUGAUGUGCUCUGGUUCUAACUUAGAAUCGAUCCUAUGGUGGGGAGCUUUGGAGAGUAACGAUGACUAAGUCAUCAGUGACGUUUGGUACCACUUGCAUGAGUCUAAUGAUGUUGCAUUUCAUUAUUUGUGGCAUUGUACAAUAUUUGAUUUAUAUGAUGUAUGUGAUUGACUUUUGAGUUGUGAUGGUUGAUGCGAAUACUUGGAGACUGUGAUUAUACUGUGGAUGUAAUUGAUGAUGCCAUGUUGUGUGGUUUUCAUGCUAUGACUACUAUAUCUAUUACUUAUGAUUUUUAUAAUGAUUGCAAUUUACUCACCCUUUUUGCUUAGAAAUGUUGCCUCGAAACAUGGGUAACUUGCAGGUGAUAAAGAAUAGUGCAUGAAGCUUAGGAGGUAGCUUUAGAAUUCGCUUACUUGGUUUUUGAUAAGUAGCAUCUGGGUUGGGAUCGAUUGAUUUGAGAAUGGUGAUUAUUCCUUGUUAUUUUUGAGAAUUUUGUAUUACCUUUAUAAUCAUGUAGACUUAACAUGAAGUAUGUUGAUUUUGUUGAUGUUGAAAUACCCUUCGUGGUGUUUGUUAUUUAUGAUGAAGAUGUUUGAAUUAUUUAUUUCGCUGCGAAGCUUUGAAGUAAUCUAUUUGAUGAUACUAAAGAAGUUAUUCUGAUUUAAAUGUUUUUGCAACUCGUGUUACUGAGCAGGGCUAUUUGUUAAAUGAGGUUAUUAUGAAGAUGUGAUACCCUUGUGGAUGUUUGUUUUGUUUUUCGUUUAAAUUAUAUGCGAAAUUUUAUGUGGGGUAGAAGGGUGUUACAGGUACACCUAGAAAUUUAAAAGGGAUGACAUUGUUACAACAGCAUAAAAAUUAUGAAGCACACUAUAAAAUCCUCAGAUUUUGAAAAAAUUGACCUUUGGUCCAAACACAAGUUCAAACCCUCUAAAUAUGACCUUAAUGCUCCACAAAUUCUUCCAACAACCAUUCCCUACCACCAUAGUGCCAUCUGCAAAUUGAAGUAAACUAGCUUCUGUAUCUUCGUUCACCUUGUAACCUUCAAAAUUACCACUUUCUACCACCUUUCUGACCAAUCCUGCCCACCCUUCCGCUAUCAAUGUAAAUAAAAAAGGUGACAAUGGGUCACCUUGUCUUAAACCCCUUUCAACCAAGAAAUUUUUUGUUGGAGACCCGUUAACCAAGAUUGACAUGGAACUGUUGAAAAUGCAAGCUUCAAUCCAACUGCACCACAUGUUUCCAAAUCCAAAUUUAUGUAGCAUACACUUCAAGAAUUUCCAAUUAACACAAUCAUAUAUUUGUUGGAAAUCCGCCUUGAAAAUAAAACAUUCCCUCUUCUCCUUUGUAACAUGAUCGAUAAUUUCGUUAAUAGCUAAUACCCCAUCCAGAAUUUGUUUUCCCGAUACUAAUGCGAAUUGUGUUGAAGAUAUUAUUCCUUCCAAGACUUUUUUCAAUCCGUUGGCAAGAAUCUUUGAAAGGAUUUUGUAAAGACACCCUACUAAGAAAAUUGGUCGAUAUUCAUUCAAUCCUUGUGAGUUAUGAUUCUUUCGAAUUAAAGCAAUGAAAAACAUUGUUAUUGCUUUCGAAAGACUAGAUGUGUUGUAAAACUCCUUAACAAAACUUGCCAAUAUCUUUUUCUAAAAUUGAAUAACAUUCUUUCAAAAACUUGAAAUUGAUUCUAUCGGGCCCAGGACUUUUGUCCCCGUAUGAAUCCUACACUGCUCUUCUGAUUUCCUCGUUUGUGAACUCUGAUUCCAAAGAUAAACUCUCUUCCUCCAUUAUUUGAUUAAACUUCAUACAAUCUAAUCCCGAUCUUUCUUUAUGUGUUUCCUUAAACAUUCCUUCGAAGACUUUAAGUAUUUCACUUUCGAUGCCCUCCACAUCUUCAAUUAUAUUCCCCUCGCUAGUUUGCACCAACAAAAUGAAAUUCUCUCUCCUCGUUCCCUUAAUCACUGAAUGAAAGUACUUGGUGUUUAAGUCCCUGUCAUUUAACCAUUUAUAUAUUGACUUUUGUCUCAAAAGGUUUUCUUUAAGGUGAAGGUGUUUCCAAAUGUCAUAGCUGUUAAGUGCCAAAUUGUAGUUAUUUUGUGUAUGUAAAUAGUGGCACUUAUCAAUGCUUUUUGUUAAUAUCGUUUGAAUAAUCCCCCGUUUUUGUGUAAUUACGUUUACUUUACGAACACU